AUGCGUCUCUUCGCGACUGUCGCUCCGGCCAUUCUUAGCCUGGCGGGCGUCCAUACCGUCGCUGGUGCCCCAUCAAAUCACACCAGCCCCGGGUGCUGUCGGAACCCUCUGAUCCGAUACGAAUGGCGGCAACUAUCAUUGGAACAGAGGUCAAGCUAUAUCGAUGCUAUCAAAUGCUUGAUGUCCCUGCCGUCGGAAGGCAAUGAUCUAUGGCCUGGUGCGAAGACCCGAUACGAUGACUUCCAGGGGAUGCACAUCUAUGUCACAGAACAGGUGCACUUCAACGGACCUUUCCUCCCCUGGCAUCGGUGGAUGAUAUUUCUCUUCGAAUCCGAGCUGAGGAACAAGUGCUCUUACCAAGGAACGCUACCUUACUGGGACUUGAGUCUUGACAACACUGCGGAAAGUUUCGUCAAGUCGCCAAUCUUCGACAAUACACACGGCUUCGGGGGUAACGGACCGUAUAUCGAGGAUAUCAGUGAUGAUGAGGAGUUCCCGGUCAAGACCCCCACGGAAAUUCCGGGAAGGAGUGGAGGAGGGUGCGUCCAGGAGGGUCCAUUUGCGAACCUCACGGUUCCCAUGGGUCUCGGCUCCUCAGUUGAACCGCAACCCCAUUGCCUGCGUCGAGAUUUCAGUCCCACCCUCGUUGCCAGUGCCCUGAGAGACGAAAUCAUUGACCGUGCGCUCUCUGCGUCGACCUAUGGCGAGUUCAACUCUCAUAUUCAGGGCUACAGUUUUGAAUUUGACGGCCUGACUCUCCACGCGGGCAUGCAUCUUGGCAUCGGCGGUGCUGUUGGCGAGAAUGCGGACAUGUACUCCUCCCCCGGCGAUCCACUCUUCUACUUUGUCCACGGCGCACUGGACAAGAUCUGGAACGACUGGCAGCAAAGAGACUGGCCCGCGCGCAAAACCGCUAUCGGUGGCCCGGACACCAUGUUCGCGUACCCGUUCAACUUCUUCGGUGACGUGCCAUACGAGAACAUUACGUUGCAGUACCUUCUCAAGUACCCCAACUUUGGACAGGAUAUCCCCAUUAGCGACGUGAUGGACAUCCACGGUGGUCCGUUUUGCUACGAGUAUAGGUAG